GUUCGUCGUUAACAUCCACCAUAAACACUGUCACAACAACUCCAACCUUGCGCAACACCUUUCACAUCUUCCACAUACAUGCGGCGCAAGAGUGUCGGGUUCAGCCAGUUUCACAAGAAGCACAUAACUACGAAUGCGACCAUUCGACGCCUGAAUUGCGUGCCGUACGACGCCAACCCCGUACACAUCGAGUCUGUUGAAGAGAAGGAUUCACGAAAAUGCGCUCAGCUGCUCUUGUCCAUCUUGCAAUCGCGACAAGCGUUUGUUCGAGAUUCGUCGGGUGAUGUGGACUUGCAAACUGUCGGGUACUUUGAACUCGACUGGGUGAAGGACAUGUCAGGCCUUCACGUGGCAAAUCUCCAGAAGCUCACGCACCAUCAGUCCAAGGGCGACGCGGCGAAACGGCUCCAACGCAAGCACAAGCAGUGGAUCGAAGAACAACGCUUGAUGACGAGCUUGGGGUUUGCAGCCGGACGACUCGCCACCUCCUUGACCAAACCCGAACGGCAAAUGCUCCAAGACAUGUUGCAAGUACCAGUUGCCGGAGGAUACUAUACGCACAUGGUGACGUCGCCCGACCAAGCGAGAUCUAUUGCUGGACAUCGCCGACGGUAUUGGGAGACGUGGACGAUUGGCGAUGGCGAGAAGAAUGAAGACCACCGCGUCCGGCGCAUCGAGUCGAGGUCCCAGUGGGCUAAGCGCCGUGCUUGGAUGGACGAAGAUGACGAGGAUGUCGUCGACUUGUCUCAUUUUGACGUCGGCGCCCCGACCUCGCUACCUCGUCACAUGACGUUGGGCGACUUUUGUCCACCGCCGACAGUAAAAGCUGUGGGGGUCCCAGACAGUGACACGUACGACUUUUGCGACAUUGCACUGCAUGACGAUGACGACGUCACCCUCUCGACACGUCAAGUCCAAGCUACGUGUUCCAUGAUGUAAACAUGCAAUAAAUACAUGCCCCCUUCUCCUACUCUGUCAUAAUACAGUGUAAAUAAGUA